GUUUGAACUUGACAUUGUUUCAAACUCGUCACCAACAUUGCAAACAUCGUGCGAAUCGUGACACCUACCGAGAGCGAGAAGCCGCCUGCGUAUUUCUCAGCCUUGCCAGCAAUUGCCCGCCGAUGAUGGCACACUGAUGUGCCCGUUGCGUGCCGCUUGUUCUUAGCAAUCUUGCCGUCCGUUGUCGUCCCAUGUCUGCGACGUCACCAAUUGGGCACGAUUUCCCAGAGCCAUAAAUCAACCAUCCCGCCCGCCGCCAGCAAUGGCUUUUCUCGAGGAUCCGCGUCUGCGUCAGCGCUGGAACCAGAUUACACACGAUGCAGAGACGGUGACUGAGAAUGCCGCCGCCGGCAUUUGGACCUUCCAGCACCAGUACAUCAACCCUUGUCUGGGCUCAUUACGAGGGGCCAUUGAGCAAUGCACAACCGUGUGUCUGGGCGAUCCCGAAGAGCGCCUUCGACGGCAGCGAGAGCGCGCUCGCGAACGGACAGAAUACAGCUUUAAUUUUUACGAUGACUGGGAUCGUGAAGAGGAGAGCGGCGGCCUGUUGGGCAACUGGGGAGGGGAAGACUGGGAUCGUCUCUUGGCGGGCUCUGGGAGCCAGAGGAGAGGCGAGACCGUUGAGCAACCCCGACGUAAGAGGGGUAUGAGUUACGGCACACGAGGAGCCAGGAGGAAAAACAGCGAACAAGACCCCACCAUUAUUCCCAGCACCCAACCCAUUGGCUUUUUGAGCAAACUCCCCUGGAAAAUGGGUGGCACUCUGAGAUAUAAACCUAGUGCGGCAGAUCUACAGGAACACCCUGGUACCAGAAAACACGAAUACACCGAGUCACAGCCGCUGCUGGGGGCGGAAGAUGAUUCGGACCACGAGAGAUUGUUACAACCGUCCCGAUCAAGGAAGCGGAGCGGUACUACGGGAUCGGGUGGGACGUCGGAUUCCUAUCGCUCUCGUGGCGAUUUAUUCCCAAGCGACGGUGAAGGCGAUGAGGAUGCAGUGGCGCUCGAUGACGAUGUGACCUAUGACAUGAUUAGGAGAGACGAUAGGAGCAGCGCCAUGAGCGGAAGAACACCGAGUAGCAAAGGAAAGCGACCGGCGCAUACCGUCUCCAGGACGGUUUCGAGGACAACACUUGGCUCGGUUGCGUCAAAAGAUUCGCUUGGCCUGGCAAUCUUUGGCCAGGUAACUCAGGACCCCACACAAGAUGCUCAACCCUUGCCAUCACUGAAGGACUUGGAGUUGGAAGAAGAGCGUCUAGGUAGAGAAGAAGACCAAGAAUUGGCAAAGAAGAAAGAGGCCGCAGCUCAAUUGGCGCUGGAUCGAGGUUUGCAAACGGAAGCAGAGCCGAAACCAGCAGAUGUGGCAGACGACGAAUAUUUGACUGAAGAGCCGCACGAGAUACACUUGGACGACGACGAGGAUAGUGACGACGAGGCACAUCACGAUUCCGGGUUAUCCGGAGGUGAUUUAGAGAUACGGGCAAAGGAUAGGGCAUCACCGCCUGUCCAGAGCGCUUUUGUCCCUGCGCGGCUGCCACAUUUUGGAUGAAUACACUCGAGCGUUUUGGGGUUGAUUGCUAGCUUUGCCGAGACCUAGCUGGCUGGGACAUGCCUUGGCCUUGAAGGCCAUAUGUAUUACUGACAUGGGAUAUCUAGAUGUCACAGUUUAUUGUUAUGACGGGGUUUGGGGAAACAUUUACAACGCCUGGGAGCUGCUUUGCGUGGGAAUGACGUGAAGCAGACAUGGCUUUACUGAUAUCGAUUGACGACAAUGAUGAAUGAUGAAUCACACAAUUUUUUUUUCUGAUGAUAGAUAUGAGUCGUGCUUUAGUGAUGGCCCUAUGUUAUAGAGGACGGCUUCACUUACCACCGCCGCGCCCAAACGUUGAAGACGUUGGAAACUAUUCAGUCCACAUGUUGUG